AUGGAAGAGUGCAGUCAAAAAAGUUCAGAGAACUAUUCUGCUCAAUUCAAUGUCGUAGAGGAUAAUCACUUUCAAGAAAUAGAAGAUACAAGAAACGCAGAAAAGGAUUGGGAGCCUAAGCCUGGAAUGGUUUUUGAUUCAUUUGAUGAGCUUUUACAAUACUACAAAAGCUAUGGGAACAAAAGAGGUUUUGAAGCUAUUAUAAGAUCUUCAAGGAAAGGAGAUGAUGGAGAGUUGAGAUAUGCAACCUUGGCUUGUUCUUAUAGCGGGAAGUGGAACAAUAACUCUAGAAAUGCCUUUAAAAUGCAUCCGGUGACAAAAACUGAUUGUAAGGCUCACAUUACUACAUCUCUACAUUCUAAUGGAAAAUGGCAAAUAUUGUCAAUUGUCAUUGAUCAUAACCAUGAACUUAGUAGUCCUGGAAAAACAAGAUAUUUUAAGAGCAAUCAAAUUAUACAACCAUAUGUGAAAAGGAAGAUUGAAUUGAAUGACGAGGCUAGGAUUAGACUAAACAAGAACUUCAAUUCCUUGUUAGUUGAAGCUGGCAGUGGUGAGAAUUUGCCUUUCCUACAAAAAGAUUAUAGAAACUACAUUGAAAAAGUUAGGAGGCUACAACUUGGUGUUGGAGAUGCUUCUACAAUCCAAAAAUAUUUUCUGAAAAUGCAAAAUGAGAAUUUGAAUUUCUUCUACAUAAUGGAUUUAGAUGAAGAUGGUCGAUUAAAGAAUGUUUUAUGGGUGGACGCAAGAAGUAGGGCCGCAUUUAAAGAAUUCGGUGAUAUUGUGACAUUCGACACUACAUAUUUGACUAACAAGUAUGAUAUAUCAUUUGAUGCUUUUGUGGGUGUUGAUCAUCAUGGCCAUUCAAUACUGUUAGGUUGUGGAUUAAUCUCCAAUGAGGACACAAAGACGUUUGUUUGGCUAUUUCAAUCUUGGCUUGUAUGUAUGUUGAAUUGUGCUCCUAAGGCAAUAAUCACUGAUCAAGAUAAGGCAAUGCAAAAUGCAAUCGAGAUUGUGUUCCCUGGCACACGACAUAGAUGGUGUUUGUGGCAUAUAAUGAAAAAAUUGCCCGAAACGUUAAGAGGUUAUAGUCAAUAUGAAUGUAUUAAAUUUUCUUUGCAAAAUGUCGUGUAUGAUUCAUUGACAUGUAAGGAGUUUGAAGAACGGUGGAAUAUGUUCAUUGAUAAAUACAACCUUCAUGAUAAUGGUUGGUUACUUGGAUUGUAUAAUGAAAGACGACGUUGGGUGCUAGCUUUUGUAGAAGACACUUUCUGGGCAGGAUAA